UUCGACCUGUGGAGCUGGAUUCUCGUUUGAAGUAUAACACGCAGUUUUUUUGUUCAAAAAGUGGAUUUUUUCGCGAUCCGUUAAAUUGUAACAAGUUUUAUCGUUGUGUGGACUUUAACGGAGAUGGCUUACGAUUUGCGGUGUUUAAGUUUGACUGUCCAAAGGGGCUUGUUUUUGAUGAAGAGGAAAAACUAUGCAAUUGGCCAUCUGCUGCUCCGCCCUGUCAAGAUGUGAGAAUACAGGACGAAUAUCCAAUUGAAGAAGACACUUCUGAUGAAAGAAACGCUAAACCACAACCAAUUCCAGUACCUGACGGUGGCGACUCACCUGUAAGCGAUAGUGAUCCCACGCAAGAGGGCGCUUCAUCUCCUAGUGACAGUGAUCCAAUACAAGAUGGCGACUCACCUGUAAGCGAUAGUGAUCCCACGCAAGAGGGCGCUUCAUCUCCAAGUGGCAGUGAUCCAAUACAAGGUGGCGAUCCAUCUAUAAGUGGCGGUGAUUCCACGCAAGAGGGCACCUCAACUGGUGACGAUGGCGACACAAUACAAGACGGCCUCUCAUCUCCAGAUGGUGGAAAUUCCACUAAAGAUGCUAUUAAUAUUGUUUGUUUUAAAACAGGUUAUUUUCGACACCCUACAAAUUGCAGUAAGUUUUAUAGGUGCGUCAAUACUUCCCUGGAAGAAACAUCUUACUAUAUUUAUAUAUUUGAGUGUCCCAAAGAUCUGUGGUUUGAUGAGACUAUUGAGUCUUGUAAUUGGAAAUCAUCUUCUCCUUCCUGUAACAGUGAAGCCUCUUCAGAGAGUCAGCAAAAUGGGGAUUCAAUUCUAGAUUCAACAGUUCCUGAAAAACCUGAAGCAGGGGCAGCCUCUUACAGUUACAUCCUCAAACAUGCUGAUAAAAAUAACGAGCAUAGUGGAAUAAUCCUGUCACCCAAAAGUCCAGAUGUGUCAGAACUAGUCUGUACACAUGAAGGUUUCUUUCGCCAUCCCACAGAUUGUGGAAAAUUUUAUGGAUGUGCAGAUUUAACAGGUUCAAAUAUGACUUUUAAUGUAUUUCAGUACGAUUGUCCUGAUGGUUUCGUUUUUGACCAAACUACAUGCUUCUGUAAACUACCACAAUUUGCACCACCCUGUACAAGCAGUGCAUCUGAAAACGCUACAAUUACAGACGAAUCUCAACCGUUUCCACCUUCUGAGCAAGGCUCUAGGUUUGUAAUAUACCAGUUUGAAUGUGUAGAUGAACUUGUAUUUGACGAAACUAUUAAGUCUUGUAACUGGCCACAUAAAGCACCACCUUGUAAUGACCCCUCUUCUUCCAAAAUAUCUCCAGAUUCAUCAGGACAAAAAAUUCCUGUUUCAGAAGGUGAGAAACAACCACAAGGUCCAGGACAAAGAAAUCAAACAAGCAUUAAUGAAUCAUCAAAAGAUCAGGAUUCAAGCAAAAAAGAUAAUAUUGAAGCUACUGAUAGAAAUGAUAUCAGUGGCGAUUAUGGUCAUUCAACUGAAGACAAAAGUGGACAAAAGGAAUCAGGACAGUCGGAAAAUGGCUCUACUGUUCCAGUAGAAUCUAAUAAGAUCUCUGAUUCUGAGACUUCUGGUCCAGAUGGUGUCACAUCAUCUUCACAAGAAAUUAAUAAUAAUCAACUAGUCUGCUCAAAACCUGGAGUUUUCCGUCAUCCAGAAAAUUGCAGCAAAUUUUACAUGUGUCAUAAUUUGACUGAUGCUGAAGAGCCUUUUGCCAUUUAUAUAUUUGACUGUCCUAAUGAUCUUGUCUUUGAUGAAAAUAUCAACAGUUGUAACGAUCCAAAUCAGACUCUCCCAUGUAAUAAUGAGUCAGGUGUCUCAACUGCUGAAGAUGUAACUGAUUCUACAAGUUCUUAUGAAACUACACCAUCAGCAGAUCAAGUAACAUCUGGUGUGGGAAAUUCAUCACAAACAAUAACUGACUCGCAACCUGGAGCUACCGAUGCUCAACAAGGAGAGAUGGACACAAAACCUGGAGCAGAAGAAUCCCUACAAGAAGAAACAGAUUCACAGUCUGAAGGAGAAGAGUCCCCAUCACAAAAAGAAGAUUCAGUGCAGAAUAAAGAAGAUGAGCAUUUAGCUGGAGAAUCUGUAGGCUCUGAACAAACAUCAGAGAUUACCACUCAAGCCUCAAAAUGUAAAGAAGUGGGUUUUUUUCGGAAUCCCAAUAAUUGCAAUCGAUUUUAUAGAUGUGUAAAACAAGGUGCAAGAUUGAUAAAAUAUGAUUUUAAUUGUCCAGAUCGCCUUGUUUUUGAUGAAAUUCACAGUGUCUGUACUUGGGCUAGUCAAACUUCCCCUUGUUCUUCACCUAGAAAUGAAUCGCUUUCAGGAGGAUCUACAUCAGAAAGUGGAUCACCUACAGGAGAUGCUUCAACUGAAGAUGGAUCAUCUACAGGAGAUGCUUCAACGGAAGGUGGAUCAUCUAUAGAAGGUGCUUCAACAGAAAGUGAAUCAUCGACAGAAGGCCCUUCAACAGAAAGUGGAUCACCUACAGGAGAUGCUUCAACUGAAGAUGGAUCAUCUACAGGGGAUGCUUCAACUGAAAAUGGAUCAUCUACAGGAGAUCCUUCAACAGAAAAUGGAUCAUCUACAGAAGGUGCUUCAGCAGAAAGUGGCACACUCUUAGGAGGAGAUACUUCAUCUGGAGGCACUACAGUUGAAAGUGAGGACGAGACCUUAGGUUCAACAACUACUUUAUCAUCUUCAGGUCCUCCUGAAGAAAACACAGAAUCAUCUUUGCCAGAGACUGGUGGUACUCCUUCUCGAGAAGGUAAUGCCCUUUGUCCGAAAGCAGGAUUUUUCCGAAAUCCUCGUGAUUGUCAUAAAUUUUAUAGAUGCGUAGACUUUGAGGGAAACAGUGAAAGUUUCGUUAUAUUUGAGUUCAAUUGUCCAGAUGGCCUUGUGUUUGAUGAAAGUAUUAGUGUUUGUAAUUGGCCAGAUCAGGCUCCUCCCUGCGGUGUCUGCCCUCCCGUCGAUGGUGCAGAAAAUAGUACUAAUGGCACACUGACCGAAGAAACAACAUUACCUAUGAGUACAACAACAGAAAAUAGUACUAAUGGCACACUGACCGAAGAAACAACAUUACCUAUGAGUACAACAACAGAAAAUAGUACUAAUGGCACACUGACCGAAGAAACAACAUUACCUAUGAGCACAACAACAGAAUUAACCCAAACUACAACCAGAAAUACCAUAACCGUGGAUGUUGGAAGUUUAUACGACUGUCAAGUUUCAGGUAAUUUCCCAUUUGAAUCUGAUUGUAUAAGGUUCUACAGGUGCGUAGAAAGAGAAUCUGGACUCAUCGGUUUACUUUAUCGUUGUCCAGAUGGUUACAUUUACGAUGAGAAAGUAGCGCUUUGUCGAAGAAAACCUACAUCUUUUAUUUGCGGUAAAGAUUCUCCCAAUUCACUUAUUUUCCGUGCUGACCCAUUCAUUUUAGAUAAUGCCAUCCUUGCUACUUCUGAGUUUUUACUUGACUAA